AUGACUUGCCGUGACGCCCUCAACCAGGCCAUGGAGGAGGAAAUGCUCAGGGACCAGAAGGUGUUCAUCAUGGGCGAGGAAGUUGCGCGCUACAACGGUGCAUACAAGGUUACCAAGGGGCUGAUGGAUAAGUUUGGCGAGGACCGUGUCAUGGAUACCCCCAUCACUGAGAUGGGCUUUGCGGGUCUUGCAGUCGGUGCUGCAUUGGCUGGCCUGAGACCGGUUUGCGAGUUCAUGACCUUCAACUUUGCCAUGCAGGCGAUUGACCAGAUCGUUAACUCGGCUGGAAAGACACAUUACAUGUCUGGCGGCGAGGUCCAUUGCCCAGUUGUCUUCCGCGGGCCAAAUGGUGCCGCGUCCGGUGUUGCUGCCCAACACUCGCAGGACUACUCUGCUUGGUACGGCUCUGUCCCUGGCCUGAAGGUGGUCAGCCCUUAUAGUGCUGAAGACUGCAAGGGUCUCUUGAAGGCGGCUAUCCGCGACCCUAACCCUGUCGUCUUCCUUGAGAACGAGAUGCUUUAUGGCCACACCUUCCCGUGGUCGCAGGCCGCCCAGGCUGAUGACUUCCUCCUUCCUAUUGGCAAGGCAAAGGUCGAGAAGGAAGGCUCUGACGUCACCAUCGUCGCCCAUUCCAUCAUGGUUGACCGCAGCUUGGACGCCGCAGCUGAGCUCGAGAAGGAAGGCAUCUCCGCUGAGGUUAUCAACCUCCGCUCCAUCCGCCCGUUGGACAUCGACACCAUCCUCAAGUCAGUCAAGAAGACUAACCGUCUGGUCACGGUUGAGGGUGGUUUCCCAGCGUUCGGUGUCGGGUCGGAGAUCUGCGCCCAGAUCGUCGAGGGUGAAGGUUUUGACUACCUCGAUGCCCCUGUCGAGCGUUUGACCGGUGCCGAUGUCCCCACGCCUUACGCUGCACCCCUUGAGGCCCUCGCCUUCCCUGAUGCGCCAUUGAUUUCCAAGGCUGCUAAAAGGGCACUGUACCGUGCCCAGUAG